AUGAAGAAUGCGUUCAUGUGGAUUCCGGAAUGUCAAAAAGCAUUGAAAGACUUGAAAAGGUACCUGUCUGGUCCUCCACUAUUGUCAAAACUGAUGGAAGGUGAGCAGUUGUUAAUUUAUUUAGCGGUUUCGGAAGUAGCGAUAAGUGCUAUUCUGAUCCGAGAGGAGGAAGCAAGUGCUUACAUAAAGAUCGAGGAGCGAGAAGUGAUCAAUUUCAUAUGGGAUAACAACAUCUGUUGGUUUGGAGUACCAAAAGAAAUUACUUGUGACAAUGGGCGACAAUUUAUAGGUUUCAAAGUCAUAAAGAUUUUGGAAAGGUUAAAGAUCAGUCAGAUUACAUCUUCUCCAUACCAUGCAAGUGUUAACGGACAAGUGGAGUAA